CCUGCGACCCACUGCGGAGGUCACUCAGUUUACAUGUCGGAUGUCCCUUGUGUUUUCGCUUUGAGACAAUUUGGAUAUUAUCAGACGCACGACUGUAUAGAAGAGCUGUCGUACUAGACAGCGUCCAACUUUCACCGUCACAGUAAUUCGCCGGCCACCCUCCAGAAAAGCCAUUCCUAGGAAUGACUGAUUGGAGGGCAUUUGUAUAUGGAGGGUUGGCGUCUAUGACUGCUGAGUUAGGGACUUUUCCCGCUGAUACCACCAAGACAAGGCUACAAGUCCAGGGACAGAAGAUAGAUGUCCACAAUCGUGAACUACGAUACCGAGGCAUGGUACAUGGCUUGUAUCGAAUAGCCAGAGAGGAAGGAAGCAGGGCACUCUACUCGGGAAUCGCGCCAGCACUGUUGAGACAAGCCACUUAUGGGACUAUCAAGAUAGGAAUUUAUCACUCUCUGAAACGGGCUAUUGUACAAAACCCUAAAGAUGAGACCCUCAUGGUCAACAUGUUCUGUGGUAUGGUGGCAGGAGUGGUGUCUAGUGCGGUGGCCAACCCAACAGAUGUUCUCAAGGUGAGAAUGCAAGCUGACAGCAGCAAGGAGAAACGGACACCAAUGCCAAGAGCUUUCCUGAAUAUUUACAAAACAGAGGACAAAGGAUUAUGGCGAGGUGUUUUUCCAACGUCACAACGGGCAGCCAUAGUUGCGGGAGUGGAGCUCCCAGUCUAUGACACCAGCAAGAGAUACAUCCUUAACAAUGGCCUACUGGGCGACACCAUAUUUACACAUUUCAUAGCCAGUGUUAUAGCAGGUCUAGCCGGCGCCAUCGCAUCUAACCCAAUCGAUGUCAUCAAGACACGGAUGAUGAACCAGAAAGCCUUGAAGAGCACUGUGGUGGGGGAGGCUGCAGCUGUACAGACCAUUUAUACCUCUUCAAUAGACUGUUUAUCACAGACGGUGAGGAACGAAGGAUUGAUGGCACUCUACAAAGGUUUUAUACCAAACUGGUUCCGGCUAGGACCAUGGAAUGUAAUUUUUUUUAUUUCUUUUGAACAAAUGAAGAAAAUAUAUUGAAAAAUGGUUUGCUGAAUCUCGACACCAGAUGCUGAUGUUCUUGAAAAAAACUUUCGUCUGUGAUUACUCUCAUCUUUGGCCAUCUUUUACUUCUGUCAACAGUGUGUGCAAUGUGCCAGCUAAAGCAGUUUGCUGGCGUCAUGUGAUAUGUAUAGAUAGGUAUAGCUCAUACAUGCUUAGCGCAUUGUGUGUCGAACAGUGAAAAUUCCUAAGAGCUUUACUAUGUGUUCUAUGACAUGUGAACAAAGACAGGUGUCAUUGUUUCAAGACGCACAUCGAUAUGUGCAACAACAUGUCAUCAUACACUCAUCACUACAUGCAUCAACAGCAUGAACUGCAGUUGACAUGUAUGGCAUACAUAACAAACAGUGCCGUAUAUCAGAUGUUACCGUGAUGUUCAGCCUCACAAUGACGUAUAUCAGAUGUUACUGUGAUGUUAAGCCUCACAGUGACGUAUAUCAGAUGGUACGGUGAUGUUCAGCCUCACAGUGACGUAUAUCGGAUGUUACUGUGAUGUUAAGCCUCACAGUGACGUAUAUCAGAUGGUACGGUGAUGUUAAGCCUCACAGUGACGUAUAUCAGAUGUUACCGUGAUGUUAAGCCUCACAGUGUUGUAUAUCAGAUGUAACUGUGAUGUUAAGCCUCACAGUGAUGUAUGUCAGAUGUUACCUUGAUGUUAAGCCUCACAGUGACGUAUAUCAGAUGUUACUGUGAUGGUAAGCCUCACAGUGUUGUAUAUCAGAUGGUACGGUGAUGUUAAGCCUCACAGUGACGUAUAUCAGAUGUUACUGUGAUGUUAAGCCUCACAGUGACGUAUAUCAGAUGUUACCGUGAUGUUAAGCCUCACAGUGACGUAUAUCAGAUGUUACUGUGAUGUUAAGCCUCACAGUGACGUAUAUCAGAUGGUACGGUGAUGUUCAGCCUCACAGUGACGUAUAUCGGAUGUUACUGUGAUGUUAAGCCUCACAGUGACGUAUAUCAGAUGGUACGGUGGUGUUAAG